AUGACGAAGCUGAUCUUGUCAACGGGCAACGUCAUGUCCUCCGGCCCGUCGAUUAUUCCACGGUCAGGAAGCGGCAACAGAUCCAACCUCGAGCUUGUCAACUCCCUCCGCGACAGCUUCUCCCAAGCCAAGCGCGACUAUGCCGCCGCCGCCGCCGCCGCCGCCGCCGCCGCACCGCCGCCGCCCGCGCAGACGAACGGUUCCGCAGCCAGCGCCAGCGCCAACGGCACCGCCGCCGCCGCCGACGGCCCUGCCUCUCGCGGCGGCGCCUUCACGCCGCCCACGCCGCCCGACGUCUGGACCGAGACGGACGGAGACGUCGUGUACGUUCCCCGAAUCAACUGGCGGGCCGCCGGGCUGCGCGACGAGCCGAGCCAGUACGAAAUCACCGUCAAGCUGUUCUUCCUGCCCGGCUCGUCGGCCGCCCAGCGCGAGCAGCACAUCCACGAGGCGCUGGCCCUGACCAGCAGGGAGCUCGGCACGCCGGCCGUCGACCUGCUGGUGGCCUCCUUCCCCGGCGUCUCGUUCGAGGGCACCUGCGAGUGGGAGGCCGACAAGAAAAACGCCCGCCAGGGCCACCUGGACGAGGAGCUGGCGACGUGGAGGGUCCUGGAGAAGCUGCACGGCCGCGGCGUGGCCAAGAGGCUCGGCGUGGCCGAGUUUGGCAGCGAGAAGCUGAGCGCCUUCAUCAGGCGCGCUGCCGUGCCCCCGGCCGUCGACCAGAUCAACCUGCACGACUGCUGCAACGUCCCGCCGCCGCUGAAGCAGCUCGCCGAGCGGCACGGCAUCGAGCUCAACGUCCACCGCGACUGCACCGACAUCCUGCCGCCGGGCACGCUGCGGGAACUGCUGGGCGGGGGGGUUCGCGGCGCAAACGUGCUUGCUGACGCCGACAACGGCGGCGUUGGCCUCAGGGGCAAUCUCGUCCCUCAGUGGGUGGUGAGGUACAUGGCGUUUGUGCGGGACCGCGGUGUCAUUGAGAACAAGGGGUACUUUGCUGGCGCCGAGUUGAUCGAGGCAUAG